AUGGCCGAAGCGGAGGAAGAUCUUACAACUGACGUCGAUGACACCACCACCGACGCAGUUGACACAGAGGCGACGGAGGAUGUCACCGAGGUAACGGAGGAUGUAACGGAAGCCGAGGAUGAAGCUCAAAAAGAAACGGAGAAGGAGGACACAGAGCCUACCAAGAAAAAGGAAAGAAAAUUCUCGAUGAAGAGGUGCAUGCAAAAGAGAUGGACUUGCGACGACAUGCCCCUUUGGCAGAUUUACAUGAACACAUACUUGGAGGAACAGAAGCAAUUGGCGCAGGAUGACAUAUUUAAACACAGGAAACCAGCACCGCACCGAAAGUUUCCCCGUGUUCAGUCGGAGGAGGAUUUAACCACGCCCCAUAAAUGCUUGCCCCUCAACGCUUUGCAGCUUUCAGGCGAGCAUGACCUACCGAACAAAUUGGAUCGCUCGAAGAUGAUCCGUGUCUGGAAAAAUAUGCGGUCGAAUUUGCCGGUUCGUAAAUAUAAAGUGAACCUUGUGGACUUAAAAUGUUGUUUGAUACUAACAUUACCGCUGACAAAUUUUCUCUGCGAUUAUGUUCACUGGAAGGAACGUUUCCCCCACAAACAUCUGUUUCGUAAGGUACAUGUGUCUAAAUCGGACAUGGACGUGGGACCUCAAGUGACCAGAACCGACAGUGGUAGGUGGCCAGGACUAUGGCCCUGUACCCAGAGAGAUCUGAUGAACGAAUUAAGGGAACGACGAAGGCAGAAGAGGAAGAAGAGGAAGGACCUGUUUCCUUGCGAGCCGGACGACGAGAAGGACGCCUUCGAUGAUCCACAGAACGACUUUAGUGAUCGUAAGGAAUUGGGCCACGCUAGAAUACCACCAGUCUGCCCCUCGGCCGCCAAAGAUUGGACAGUCGAUCGGGCCGCUGGCGAACAGCCAGGUUUGGUAGACGGUGAUUACAUAAUUUUCGAGUUACCCUCGAAAAGGAAGGCCACCAGAGUCUACGCGGAUGUAUGUCUUCGUGGACUGAAGGGCAUGCACUUGCCGGAACUGGGGCUGUUGCGACAACGUCGAAAGACUUGGAAGUUCUGUUUCUAUCAGGCCGUCGUUGCGCUUCUGGCUAAGACGCAGCUGAGGUACAAAUACGCAUGGAACGCGAACAUCGACUACAUCUACGAGCACGCGUGGACGCUGUACACCCACAUCGGUAUGAUCAAUGUCAAAGAGAAACAGCGACUCGACGAUAUCGUCGUCUACAAUUACAAGUACAGCAUCGAGGUGGAAUUGCUACGGGAAAUGAACGAUGUACCCGUAAUAACUGACGUGGACUGGGAUUACCUGGAGCCGAAACUAAGACGCAAACUAAAACUGGAACGCAAGGAGCUGAUGAACGUUCAACUGGAAAUCGGUUCGGAGAAGAUCACCGACGAUCAAAAAUUACCGGUCCACCCGGGCGUGAAAAAACUAGAGGACUGGUUCGAGAAAUUGAAGAUACGAUACCGUAACUGUAUAUUCCGCACCACUCGAUUCUGUCUGGCGUUCUGGCGGGACAAUCUCUUCUGGUACCUGUACAAUCCGUACCGUUGCGACGAGUUCGGUUUCUGGGACGACAACGGGUUCGCGUGUAUCUUAAAGUUCUGCUCGAGGGAGUCACUCAGACGGCACCUGAUGAUAUUAACGUUACGAGCCUACGUGCACGUCAUCCCAAAGUCAGCCAUACGAAAGACCAAGCAAGAGGCGCCCAAAACGGACUCGGAGGAGCUACCUUGGGAGGAGGAGUGUUACACCGUGCAGAUCUACCACGUGACCCAUCAUUGUUGCCAGAUCCACAAUCUGAAGCUACUCCAACGGGUCCCCCCGAGACCAGCCCAGCAGCUGGUGAAGCGAAAGACGAUCGACGAUUGUCCGUUUGACCCGCUGGACGUCCGUGAUCCGUGCACGAUCGAACAAGAGGAAGGUGAUCUUAAGGACGCGAUCGAGAAACCGGCUUGGCUCAAACUGUACAAGAUCACCUGGGCCAAGUGUAUGCCGGUCACACAGAAGAAAAAGGCCAGCAAGGAGCCCAGCGGCGGUAAGAUGCGAUGGCAUCAGUACGUUGUCGAGGAGUCGAACAAACUGUUUUCCUUGUGGGGAGAACUGCACAUCACGGAUGGUAUGUUCGAUCGGGGGAAUCGUGGUAUGCAGACGUACGCUUGUUACGUGGUCUGCGCUGGCAUGACCAGGAUCAUGGCGCCCGAGUACUGGAGCUCGAAGACCUUGGAUGUGAUCGUGAUGUGUGGGGAUCGGUACUAUACGUACAGCAAAUUGGAGGCGGAGUUCAAGGCGACCAAGAACGAGUACAACCACGUGAACUGCUGGAACAGGUACCUGAUGAGCCACUUCAAAAUCGGCGAGACGAUGUUCGAGGCCAAGGUGCUACCGGCGAUAUGCGGUAGACUUUAUUCGAGAUCGAAUAGGUAUCUGUGGCAGUCGGUGGAACAAAUGUUCCUCAAGUAUCACUUCGGUAUACUAACCUGCGAGAGCUCCUGUAUGGGUGUGUUCAAGUUCUGCGGCGCUUAUUACGUCUGCGACGUGAACUCGUUUGGGCCGCCGUUAUUUAGUUACGGGGAGGGCGCGGCGUAUCUGCUACGAGCCACGUAUUUCUUUAAGUUCAUCACGAUCCUGGUGCUCACUAUUGGCUCGCCGGAGUGCAGCCAGUUCGCUCUGAAUCCGAUCGAGAUACUGAAGGUGGUCGACGUUGGCGGGGCCGCGCUACCGAUCGGCCGGUCCGACAAGAAGAGGGACAAGAAGAUUACCAAGAUCGAGUGUCCGUAUGACGAGGAGAAGAAGAAACAGAUGAGGAAAUGGAAGGGCAGGAGGCAGGAGACUGCCAAGACUAUUGACAAAAUGUGUUGCAAGGGCGCUGACUGA